AUGGACAACACACGACACACUUACACGGUGUUUCACCAGGACUUUACAAUUGAUAGGCAUCUCCAGCUAACGAGGGAACUAGGACGUGGCGCAUACGGUAUUGUCUGCUCGGCCAGUUGUCCUGAUUCGCCCGGAGUGGCCAUCAAGAAGGUUACCAACAUUUUUUCAAAGAAGAUUCUCUGCAAGCGAGCAUUGCGCGAGAUAAAGCUUCUGAUUCAUUUUAGAAACCACAAAAAUAUCACUUGCCUAUACGACCUGGAUAUUGUGACCCCAGCGAGCUUUAAUGAGGUGUAUCUGUACGAGGAGCUGAUGGAAUGCGACUUGCACCAAAUAAUUCGGUCCAAACAGCCACUCACGGACCAGCACUACCAGAGUUUCAUCUAUCAGAUCUUGGUUGGCCUCAAAUACAUCCACUCGGCGAAUGUUCUGCAUCGGGACUUGAAGCCGGGCAACCUAUUGGUGAAUGCAGAUUGCGAGGUUAAAAUUUGUGACUUUGGGCUGGCUAGAGGAAUCGACCUUAUUCCAGAAAACAACGCUCUCACAGAAUAUGUUGCAACUCGCUGGUACAGAGCACCAGAAAUCAUGCUGAGUUUCCAAAGCUACACAAAGGCGAUCGACAUAUGGUCGGUAGGCUGUAUAUUGGCAGAACUGCUGGGAGGAAAGCCGUUUUUCAAAGGUGAAUCGCCUUUUGACCAAUUGAAUCGAAUCUUGCGGGUGCUCGGUACACCUAACGACGAUACGUUACAACGAAUUGGAUCCCAUAGAGCACAAGAAUAUCUGCGAGGUCUUCCUUACGCACCACCUAUUCCGUUUGCGACUAUUUUCCCUGAUGCGAACCCCGAAGCCUUAGACGUGCUGGCACGUUUAUUGGCUUUUGAUCCUAUCGAGCGAAUUGGCGUCGACGAGGCGCUCGAGCAUCCUUAUCUCAGGGUUUGGCAUGAUCCUGAAGACGAACCGAUAUGCGCUGCUCCUUUCGAUUUCUCUUUCGAGCAGGUCGAUGACAUCGACGAAAUGAGACAGAUGCUCCUGGAUGAAGUGCAGAACUUCCGGGCCCUCGUUCGACAACAACCGAUCAAACAGCCCCCACCGGAGCUUGUUCCCGCACCUCUCUUGCCAGUGGAUGCCGCAGCUUUCAACAAUUACGAUGUAGAUGCGACGCCUACAGUGACAUCGAAGCCGUGGUAA